AUGGGGCCAAACUUGCUGGGACAAACACAGGAAUCGGAGUUUAACUUGGCCAUCAAAGACCUGCCGGAAGUGUUAGCUGAGGCCAAGAAGGCGAUGGGUAGUUCUGGCUCUCGGCUGCCUCUCUGUGUGGAGAUAUCUCUCAGAACCAAUGAACAAGAAACUAUGAUGCUUGAGACGUGGUGUAUCGGAAUACGCACUGAUCUGGUGGAUCCAACAAUGCGAGUGACAUACCCACUGUAUACUAGGAUGGGUAUACUGCUAAAGUCUUUGGUCACACUGACGCGUGUCACGCCAGCUUACAAGUUGUCACGCAACAAGUCCGACUACGUUAUGUGCUACCGGAUCUACGUGGGUGAGCCACAGCUUCUUGGACUUGGUUCCGGCUACACGCAGAUGAACGUUGGUCAGGUCGGCACAUCCCUGGGUACCCUGCAGAUGUCUGUAGCUUAUCGUACAAAGCUGACUAUAUCUCCUCAGCACACCAAAACAUCAGCCAUCAUGGUCAAAAGUGAUCAUUUUCCAUCUGAUAGCAGUCCAUCAGACAACAACACUAAAAAUUGUUCUGAUACGAAGAUGGCAAACAAUGGGCUACCGAUGGUGAAAUUGCCAGCCUUUGCAGAUCGGUGGGACUUGAGAUGGAAAGAGCCUGAGCCUGUAGAAAUCCCCUUUGCUCACCUCUUACCCAAGCCAAAGUCUAAGCAAUCACCACCGACACAGGAUGAUGGUGAAGAUGCAGCUCUUAACGGUAACGAGAGCGUUGAUAAUGAUGGCUCAUUCGUGGCGGUCAACGGAAACAAGAACUGCAGUGACAGCGCAGACAGUCAGAAUGGCAAUGUCACACCAAAAGUUGGGUCAUUGGGCUCACAGUAUGAGGAGCCAUUCAGUAUGGAUGAUGUCGUGCCGGUAGUGCCCUUUGCUGGACCGUUAGAUGAAAUUGAGCUGGGCUUGUUCUUCAGACGUUGUCAACGUCCACCACCACUGAAGUCGUUCACAGAGAUUGACAAGCCAGAGGUUUACAGCGAAGACAGGGAGGACAUCAGCGAGGAACUGGAAUCAUUGGAGACCAACGUACUAGAGUGUAAUGAUAUCAUCAGUUCCUUGUGUGAUGGAGAAAAUAACAACUAACCUACCUUACCCUUCCUCUUUUUGCCCAGACUGAUCCUUAGUUUACCGCUGUCAUUGUGAUAUGUUUUCUUGUAAACCAGUUUUGAAAUUACCUAAAGUUGGCAUUCUGCAGAGUAUCUGCAAUUCAAUUUUUAUCUAUAAGAUUUUGUAGACAUGGUUUUUAUUUUGUUUCCAAUUUAUUCAAAUCCGAUUGUUGUGAUACAAUAAAAUGUUGUGUAUGGCUACUCACAUGUCAACGAGUUGGUUGCUCAGAUAUUUUAACUUUUAGUUUCAUUUAUCAAACUAAACAUAUCAGUGCAGUGCACUAUGAAAUAAUUUUUUCAAAUUUUUAUUGGUUAAUGUGAAUUUGUUGCAGUAUGGUGAAAUGUAUAAUUUUCGUAACAAGUAUCAGAAGUUCUUGUUUAGCUUUAUAGUAAUGCAAUCAAAUCUAAAAUUUGUAAAAACAGUUGAAACAAGUUCAUUAAGUUAUAAUAACAAUACAACAGUAACUACAAAGUUGUCAGAACUGAGAUCCAUGUUUCAGUUUGGGACGGAUUGGGGAAUUCUAAGUUUGGCUGUUGUCAUCAGAGAGGCAUCAUUUGGCCACUUUUACACUAGUCCGCUUAGUGGCGCCGCUGUGUUGUGCUACUAGGACUGCCGGUGGUGCAGCAUCAAAAUUCAGUUGUCGGGCCCAAUGCUUGUCAAGACUACUAUAUUGUCAUCACGUUAAACUUCUAAAUUGGAUUUUCCCUGUACAUUGUUGUCAGCUUAAUAAGCAAUGCCAUAGCUCACACUGUUGUCUCUAUCUUUGUCACUGCAUAUAUGCAUUAUGAAUUGCCCAAAAUCUCAUAAAAUCAGUAGUAAUGCUGGCCACCCUACCCUAGUCAUAGUCAAUUUAAUUCAGUAUCACAACAUUUUUUAAGGCUGCGCCUCUCAGCGGCCUAGUUUAAUAGCGUCCAUGCAUAGACACAAUACGAGGACACAAAAUAUUCUACUUAAUUUUAAAACUACUUGUUAACCCACUGGCUACAUAUUGCCCGUCAUCAGUUACCAUCAGCGUAAUUACUAAUAUCGGGUGCAGCAUGUCAUGCUAAGUUCGUAAUUUUGGAGUCAAAACAUAUCCUUGAUAUUGCCUAUUUUGGCAUUUGCCUAUACUGUUAUAUUGGUCUGUUAAAAUAUAACUUGUUGGUGAUUUUUGAAGCUGGUUGACUCAAAAUUGAUUGUUUGUUUUAAUUAGUUGCUGUCUGAAUUCUGAAAUGACUUUGCUGUAAGAUCAUUUCUUUUCUUAAGAGUUUUAGUAACUUUGUGAAGAACAUACUCAAUGAAGUAAAAAGUGUGUGAUUGUAACUUUAAUAAUGAAUUUUGAUUGAAAGUAGUAGUGGAAGUAAGAGGUAUUUCUUGGCAAUGAAGAAAUUUUAGAAAAUUAUGUGACAAGGCCUAACUUUCACACUUUGGAGUGGCUAAGGCAAGCUAAAUGAUCCAUAAUAAUUUUAUAAUUAAUUGAUAUUAAUAAUUUUAUUUUUAGUGAUAGAUCUGGUAUAAAUCCAACUGUUGCUAGGCAACUAAAUACUUAAAAUAUAAUAUAAUAGAAAAAUAACAUUUUAACAUGUUAUAUUAUGGUCAUUUAAUAUUUUUAAUUAACCCUAAGCACUAACACGAUUUCUAUUACAAAAUUAAAAAUUAAUUCAGUACCUGAGAAUAAAAUAUUUAAAUUUUAAUUGGUAGUCAGUGGGUUAAUGUUUUUCUGUGACAUAAAAUUCCAGUACACUAUUACAUUACAAAAAAUGCUGAUGACACAGUCCAGUCCAAAUAUGGGUACCCAAUCAAAUGAGUGUGUCUCUGAUUUAAUCCUCUUUCAGAAGAGAUAUAAUGAAGAAAUAACUUUGCGUCAAGAGUGGGCAGGAGUUGUCAUAGUAAAGUGAACAAACACAAAUAUUUAAAAGUAUCUUAGUGUGAGCCUUAUCAUAUGUUUACUACUAUAAAUGUAUAGUAGUACAAACUAUAACAUGUUGAAUUUCCCUAUACAGUUAGCCGCACUCGAUCGCACAGGAGUUAAAAUCAGAGCAUCAGUCUUUGUGACAGUUUAUGAUCAGUUACAGAAUCUGUUGGAUUGUUUUUCAACAGAAGCUUUAAAUAGUACUUUUUUUAACAAGAAAGAAUGUGGUUUUAUUAGUAUUGUGUACUUUCUCAUAGAAGUAUAUCCUAAUAGUUGUAGUUUUAUUUGCUCAACGACAGUUAUACACAACAUGUAGUCUUAUGUUUCAUUUUAUUACAAAAAAAUAUGGUGCUAGUCUAUUAUCCUAUUAUCAUAGAAACGGUAAAAUGUUCUCUCAUAUAAAAAAAAAAUUGUUCAGUGUAAAACAUGCGUACAAAACCAUUUUAAAGAAUUGAUAUGAUCAUAAUAAAGUUUUUAUUAUCUAUCGAAGUAUUUCAAAUCAUGUAUAAGUUGAUUUUAAUCCAUGCAUGUCAUGACAGGAUAGUAAGUAACGAAGCUUAAUAGAUCCACAUAAGUACAGAAGAGAAAGUAAAAUUAUUUUGAUGUGUUUUUUAACACUUAUCUUAACACAUGAAGAGGAAUCUACAUUGGCAAAAUAUUGACAAUGCAUUGUCAAGUUCUGUUUAUUGUCCAAGUAGACAACUGUCCAAAAAUGUGUGAUGCAUUCUGUAAUAGUUUUGAAUGACAAUUUUCUCAUUUUAAAUUCUCUUCCUAAUUUGUAAAAGAAAAUUAGACUCGAAAAAUAGGACUUGAAACUUUACCGUUUUCAAAUAAGUUUUACUAACAGUUAAUUGACAAUUUCUAUGAGACACUGAAGAGUGAAACCAGUUUAGGAACUAAAGCUUUUUACUGUUCAGUGUCUUCUUAAUUUUGAUAUUGGGUUCAUGAGAUUUAAAUUUGGCCAAUGAUAAAAUAAAAGUGAGUUACCUUAACUAACUGUAGAUAUUAAUAUUGUGAUAAAACCAUGUCUAUUGUAUUUUGAAUCUAUUUAUUUAUGUAUAUUGUUUUACGUAUCCAUUGUAAAAAAUAUAAACUUGUUUUUGUCUUUUUGACAUAAACUAAAUUUUAUAUUUCAUGUUUGUACAUUUCAUAUUUAUAUUCAUCAAACCUUUAAGGUUCGUAAAGUACUUAGUAACUUUAAGUGUAGUGUAAGUCUCUGUCUCAUACUUCCCAUGUAAUUUAUGUUUUUGGAGUUUAGCACAAAAGCGUGUGAAAUUAAAACUUUGCCAUUUGUUGUAUAUGAAGAAUCAUAAGUAAUUUUAACAGUAUUAAAAAUAUUUUCACAAAUCACAGGGAUUGCAUAAAAUAUUUUUUUGGUUGCUUUACCAAAUUGUAAUUCACUGAAUAUUUUAUAGAUGUUACUAACAGUGUUAAACAAUAAAUAGCAGCAAAACAACAAAUAUUUUAUCAGAUGUGGUUAUUGUUUUGGAACACACAAUUAUUUUGUAUAACCGUGCUAAAUAAGAUACAUUAUUGAUUAGAUUUUAUAUGAUUAGUUGUUUCAUUACGUUAUUUACAUUAUAAAUGAUAAAUAAAAAUUUAAUUUUUUUUCUAUUUAACUAAAUGCAUAGUACUAAAAGUAGAAGUUUUAAUUGUAAUGAAAUCUUGUGUAAAAUUUAUUGAUAAAAAUAGUUACACUUGCUUUGUACAAUUACGAAGCAUUGGUCUUAAGACCAAUGAACGACAUUUUUUUUGUGCCAUAUAAUCCUGUUAUAUUAUUUUGAAUUUAUUAAUUAAUUUGGUGAAAUAUUAGUUGAUUUUGUUGCUGUUUAAUGAAGCGAUGUAAAAUGAUGAAUAUUGUGAUCCAGACAUGUACCACAUUAGAAUAAAAUGCUUCAGGGAAAACUGUAAAUCUGUUAAUAUUAAAUUAUUUUUAUAAAACUA